GUUUCAUCUUUUUCCCUUAAAAAUACAAGAUUUUUUUUCUUAGUAUACUCCUUAAAUUUUUUUUUUAAAACUCGUUUAUUUUUUUAUUAUUAUUAAGAAAAAGAAAAAAAAAAAAAAUGUCACAAAACAAUGAAUCAUUAGAAGCAAUUUCACAAGUAUCAGAAUGUACAACUAAUUAUAUAACAUAUUUUAAAGAAAAUUCAACAAAUAUUGAACCUAAAGCAACUUCAAUAUAUCUUGAAAAUUUAAAUUCUAUUAAAGAAUCAGUUAAACCAUAUUUACCAUUAUUCAAGAAUAUAAUAACAAUUAUUCAAGAUAUAAUAAAUGGAUAUGAAAAUGCACAAAUUAAUAAAAAAAUAUGUUUAACAUUAAUAAUACGUUCCGAAUCAAUUGGAUUAACUAUAAAACAACUUGAAAGGAAAAAAUCCGAUAAUUUGGAAAAAUUUCGAAAUAAAAAAUUUUAUCAAUCAUUUUUAAGAUUAUAUAAUAUAUUAAAACGUAUGGAUAAAUUUAUACAAGAUAUUACUUUAUUAUCAAAUAUAAGAAAAUUAAUAGAAAUUUAUAGUAUUAAAAAACAAUUUCGUGAAAUUUUAAUCGAUUUUGAUAAUGUUGCGAAAGAUUUGAAUUUUCCUAAUUUAAUAAUUUAUGAUGAAAAACAACGACAAGAAGAUAUAAAAAUUUUUAGAGAUGAAUUUAAUAAUAUAAUGAAAUUCUUUGAAACUAUAGAUAGCGGAAUAGCGACAGUUAUAACACAGAAUAAUCAAAUAAAUUAUCAAAUAAAUACUACAAUCUUAGAAUUAUUACUUUUAAAAUCAAAGGUACAAAAACAAUCUACAAAUUUUGAUGAUAAAUGGAAACCUAAAUUAAUAACGAACGAUGAUCUUCAAGAUUCUCCUACUCCUUUAGAAGGUCAAUUAACGGGAAAAUGUUUAAAGAAAAUUCUUAUUAAAGAGAACAAACAAGUUUCAUUAAUUCCUGCUGAUUCAAUUCCUUAUAAUACAGUUGAUUAUCAAAAAAAUAUAAUUCUUGAUUAUAUUAAAAUGAAAUUAGGUCAUGAAUGUAAACAUAUUCAUCAAUUUUAUGGAAUGGCUCAAUUAAAUCAAAAUUUUUUUUCCGUUUAUGAAUGGACUGAUUUAGGAAAAUUAUCUGAAGUUUAUGAAAAAUAUGAUCUUGAUUGGUCAACAAAAUUAAGAAUUUCUUUAGAUAUAUUAUCUGGAAUCAUUUUUUUAAAUUGUUGUGAUAUUCUUCAUAAAAGUAUUAAAUGUGAAAAUAUUUUAAUGACUGAUGAUAUGAAACCAAAAAUUACCAACAUAAAAUUUGAUUUUAAUAAUAAAAAUGCAUCCGGUAAUGCUACUAGUCAUGCUUAUUCAAAUUGGUUAAAAGAUGUAUAUAUUCUUGCUCCUGAAAUAAUUGAUAUUCAAAAUUAUCCAAAAAGGUAUACAAGUAAAUCUCAAAUAUACAGUAUUGGGAUGCUUUUAUGGGAACUUACAUUUCAAAGAAUACCUUAUAAAGAUUGGCAAAUUGCAACGGUACAAAAUCAUGUGUUGAGCGGAAAGAGAGAGGUGAUUAAUUUCGGUGGUGAACCUUCCCCUAUUCAACAAGGUUUUAUAAAUCUAAUUGAAGCUGCAUGGCAACAAGAACCAGAUGAUAGGCCAGAUAUUAUAACUUUUUUUAAUAUGUUAUACUCCUUAUAUAGUAAUUAUUAUAUGGGAGAAAGUAAUUCAUUACAGAAAAGAGCGAGUUCUAGUCUUAGUAAAAAUAGUAAAAUUCCAAAAAGAGACGUUUUAUGUGCGAAUUCAAAUGUUAUUAUUAAAACAAAUAAUCAACAAGUUAGUAACGUACCACUGAGAAAUGGUACUUCAUCUCAGGGAAAUAAUUCUCCCGCUAGUUCCGUUUCAUCAUCAUCAUCGUCGUCAUCAUCAUCCUUCUCUUCAAAUCCCGCUUAUAAUCCUAUUGUACCAAUAUCUUCAUUAUCGGAUGGAAUUAACGCACAUAAAAAAGGAGAUAAAGAAAAGGCUUGGGAAUGUUUUGAAGCAAAUGCGCAAUUGGGUAACAUAUCAGCAAUAUAUUGGCAAGGUUAUUAUUUAUGGGAAGGAUAUCAUAUUCCGGCGGAUCAUGUAAGAGCUGUAAAUUGUUAUAAAGAAGCGGCAAAAAAUGGUCAUGCAGACGCUCAAUUAAGAUAUGCUUUUAGUGCUAUUAAUAAGGAAAAAAUAAAUAUUAAAGGAUUUUUAAAAUUUUUGAAAAUGUCUGCGAAUGAAGGUAAUGCUUUAGCUUUAUUUAAUUUAGGUGACGUUUAUUUGAAUGGAAAAUUUGGUAUAGAAAAAGAUGAAAAUCUUGGGAUAAAAUAUUUAAAAGUAGCUGCAGUUUUAAAACAACCUAAAGCUAUUGAAAUUUUGAAAAAUCUUAAUGUUACCGAUACAUUUUAUUUAUAGAUUUUUUAACUUAUUCUUUUCGUUAAAAUAAAUGUAUAUAAUAUAUAUAUAUAUAUAUAUUUUUGAAUAUUAA